CGACGGGCUGCAGCAGAUGGGGCUCAUCGGCGAUCCCGCGCUCGCUCGCCGGAAAUCGUCGAUCCGGUCGAGAUCCGAGGGAAACUGGAGCGCGGACUUCGAGGAUGCGAGAUCUGUUCCUCAAUCGAGAUCCAGUUUCUCGGUAGAUCUGAAUAAUGUGCAUAUUCUUGAGCCUGGUGCAGUUUCGAAAUCUUAUGAGGAAUCUGAUGGUAACAGUCAUGGUAACUUUAACGGUGACGUUGACCUGAGUUGUACCAUUAAGAACCUUGAUAGCGGCGAGGAGUUCGUCGUGAAAGAGGACGGGAUGUGGAAUAAACCCAGAGAGAUAGGAUUGGGGCGGCAGUUGACCGUGGAAGAGUUUGAGAUGUGCGUUGGUCGAUCUCCUAUCGUUCAAGAACUGAUGAGACGGCAGAAUGUCGAGGAUUCUAGUAGCAAUGGUGGUUCCAGUAAUGAAAAUGGUGGCUUGAGGGCGGGCCCUGGGGCAAAUGUGGGAUUGAGGUGGAAGAAGAAAGGGGGAUGGCUAAGGAGUAUAAAGAACAUUGCUGGAAAUGUGGUUGCUGGGGGUCACUAUCGAGAUCGACGGGUGAGAGAUGAGAAGGAUACUAGCUUGGAGAAACGAGGAAUGAGGUUGAGCUUGGCGACGGAUGAUAGUCAAGAUGGGGGGUCACAUUCACUUCAUCAGAGGAUUAGGGUCCGACAGUAUGGCAAAUCUUUCAAGGAAUUCGCUGGUCUUCACAUGACUCAAGAGAUUCAAGCUCAUACUGGGUCAAUUUGGACCAUUAAGUUCAGCUUGGAUGGAAAAUAUUUAGCGAGUGCUGGGGAAGAUUGUGUUAUUCAUGUUUGGCAAGUUUCGGAGGUCAAGAAGAAAGGGGAUUUGGUAAUUGAGAUAGGGAGAGGGGAGACUGGGUCUUGUAGCCCUUUUUUUAACGUGAGUAGAAAUGAAUCACCGGAGUCGGCAUUGGCCUUAACUUGUAUCAAGGGGAGCCAUUGGGAGAAAAAGAGAAGAGCAAGGUUGUCGCAUAGCCGGAAGUCAGUGAGCUCUGAUCAAUUGGUUGUACCUGACCAGUUAUUUGCACUUGGGGAGAAACCGAUUUGCUCUUUUAAUGGGCAUCUUGCUGAUGUUCUCGAUCUAUCAUGGUCCAAAUCAGAGUAUUUGCUUUCAUCUUCAAUGGACAAAACAGUUAGGCUGUGGCACAUGUCUAGCAAUUCUUGCUUGAAAACUUUCUCACACAGUGACUAUGUAACAUGCAUCCAAUUCAAUCCAGUUGAUGAUAGAUACUUCAUUAGUGGAUCCCUGGAUGAAAAGGUCCGCAUCUGGAGUAUCCCAGAUCGACAAAUUGUGGACUGGAAUGAUCUUCAUGAAAUGGUUACAGCUGCUUGUUAUACACCAGACGGACAGGGCGCACUAGUGGGUUCACAUAAGGGAAGUUGUCAUCUUUAUGACACAUCUGAUAAUAAGCUCCAUCAGAAAAGUCAAAUUGACUUGCAAAACAAGAAAAAAAAGUCCAGUCAUAAGAAAAUAACCGGCUUCCAGUUUGCUCCUGGUAGUUUGUCCGAAGUCCUCAUCACAUCUGCAGAUUCCAGAAUUCGGGUGGUUGAUGGUGCUGAGCUAGUACACAAGUUUAAAGGGUUUCGGAACACAAGCAGCCAAAUUUCAGCCUCCUUGACGACAAAUGGAAAACACAUCGUAUGUGCUAGUGAGGACUCUCACGUCUACAUUUGGAGACACGAUUCUGAUGCCCAACCAAACAGAAGCAGAGCAGUCUCUGUAACCCAAUCCUAUGAACAUUUCCAUUGUCGGGAUGUUACAGUGGCUAUUCCUUGGCCAACAAAAACUCAAACAACCCAGAGCAAUUCUCACGACAGCUCACCAUUGUCAUCAUCAUCAUUCAAUACUAGCAUCAACCCCUUUGGUGAUAGAAUCACAGCAACUUGGCCUGAAGAGAAGUUUCUUACUCCACCAGACCCUAGCAGUCUCAGCAGCAGCAUUGAUCUCAGUAAUGGGGUGAUGCAAUUGAAAAGGCGGUCUGCAUGGGGGAUGGUGAUUGUGACUGCUGGAAGAGGAGGCAGGAUCAGAACAUUUCAAAAUUUUGGCUUUCCGUUUUAGUUUGGAGGAUGGAAAUUGCUAAGUAACUGUUAGUCUGGUCGAGUUGCUGCUCAUGCUAUUCUCGUUUUGUGAAUAGAUAGAUUAGUAUAUGGGGGCUUUCUAUGAGCGAAGUGUAGAUUGAAGAGGAUGCUUAAAAGCCUUAUGAGACCUCAGGUGAAUUCGUUUUACAAAGACAUACUCAAUCAAAGAAGCUACUUGAUGAUGUGUGGUUAAAGUUGAUGCUUAGCAGUGAUGGUGAGAUUGAGGACCAAGAAAUUCAUGCAGGAAGGCACCUUCGAACUGCUGCUCUAGCUCAGGAACGAGUUGCUCAAGUGAAAAAAGACAAAGGGCAUCAGCGACAAAGUCAGAGGAAGGAGAAGAAACAGUUGCAUAUAGCUCUAGCAAAAGAAAGUUGGAUGAAUUGACCAUAAAAAAAAAACAUCGCAAAAAACGAGAUCUGGAGAGUUAUGGCAACUUGUUGAAAGCUGUACAGCUUGUUGCUUGUUUCUUAGACCAAAAGUUCUGGAUUCAAAAGGAAUCACUGAGGAUCUAGCAAGUUAUACUUUCCUUAGUAGCCCAUGUUUGAGUUGUUUCUUUUUCUUUGUUCCAUUUACCAUAUGGUUCUCGAGUAAAUUUUUUUUGGAAUUAUACAGUUAGUGAAUGGUAAAUUAAACAUUAUUUCGGCUUUUA